AUGCUGACCAAGUUCGAGUCCAAGAGCAACCGCGUGAAGGGACUGGCGUUCCACGCCAGCCGUCCGUGGAUCCUCACGUCGCUGCACAAUGGCGUGAUCCAGUUAUGGGACUACCGGAUGGGGACGCUCUUGGAGCGUUUUGACGAGCACGACGGCCCCGUCCGUGGCGUGGACUUUCACCGAUCGCAGCCACUUUUCGUAUCAGGCGGAGAUGACUACAAGCUCAAAGUGUGGGACUUUAAGCUGCGUCGCUGUUUGUUCACGUUGCUGGGCCACUUGGAUUAUAUCCGCACGGUGCAGUUCCACCACGAGUAUCCGUGGAUCUUGAGCUGCAGUGACGACCAGACCAUUCGUAUCUGGAACUGGCAGUCGCGAUCCUGUGUGUCGAUCCUUACGGGCCACAACCACUACGUCAUGCGCGCCCAAUUUCACCCGAAAGACGAUCUGAUCGUCUCGGCAUCGCUGGAUCAGACCGUGCGGGUCUGGGACACCACGGGUCUCCGUAAAAAGACGGUGCGCGGCGCACCUACUGCCUUAGACGACAUGGUGGCCCCACCUACGUCGCGCUCAAACAACCACGACAUUUUUGGAGCGACCGAUGCGAUCGUCAAGUACGUGCUAGAAGGCCACGACCGCGGCGUCAACUGGGCCAGUUUCCACCCGACGCUACCGCUGAUUGUCUCGGGGGCUGAUGACCGUCAGGUGAAGCUCUGGAGGAUGAACGAGACCAAGGCAUGGGAAGUGGACACGAUGCGGGGACAUACAAACAACAUCUCGUGCGUGUUGUUCCACCCUCGUCAAGAGCUGAUUAUUUCUAACAGUGAAGACCGGUCGAUUCGUGUGUGGGACAUUUCGAAACGCAUGGGGUUGCAGACUUUCCGUCGUGAAAAUGACCGCUUCUGGAUGCUUGCGGCACACCCUUCGCAAAACUUGCUGGCUGCGGGUCAUGACUCGGGUAUGAUUGUGUUUAAGCUAGAGCGUGAACGUCCCGCCAUGGAUAUCCACGAAGGCCGUGCGUACUACGUCAAGGAGCGUUACGUGCGUAUGUACUCGUUCGUGGACAGCACCGAUGUACCUGUGGCAGCUGUGCGUCGCACUGGCACUGCCGGAGCAGGCACGGGCAACUUGCCGCGUAAUCUUACCUACAACCCAUACGACCAGAACUCAGGCACCAGCAGCGUGAUAAUGACCAGCGAUGCUGAGGGUGGCUCGUAUGAGCUGGUGACGUUUUCACAGGGAUCAAACGGCGACACAUCGGAGUCUAACCGCGGACCGGGACUGUUUGCCGUAUUCGUGGCCCGCAAUCGUUUUGCUGUCCUGGACAAGUCGCGCCACAUUGUAAUCAAGAAUUUCCAGAAUGAAGUGACGAAGAAGAUCACUCCGCCCACUGGCACGGCACAUGGAAUGUAUUUCGGUGGUGUGGUGGGUCGCGUGCUGCUACACAUUGACGACAAGAUGGUCCUGUACGAAACUCAGAGCCGCCGUGUGCUAGCUGACGUGCAAGCUUGGCGCGUGAAGUACGUGGUUUGGAGCCCGAACUACGAAUACGUGGCUCUAAUCAGCAAACACUCUAUCGUGCUUGCGGACAAGCAGCUCACGUACCUGUGCACUAUUACUGAGUCCGUGCGCAUCAAGAGCGGUAUCUGGGCUAAUGCACCUGCAGAGAUAUUCGUCUACACCACGCUGAAUCACAUCAAGUACUCGCUGACCAAUGGAGAUGCUGGUAUCAUUCGCACCCUGGACGUGCCUGUUUACCUGACGCACCUGGAAGGAUCAAAGCUCUACUGCCUCGACCGCGAGGCCAAGAUGCGCACGAUGGCCGUCGACCUCACGGAAUGCGAGUUUAAGAUUGCACUAAACAAGAAGAACUACACAGAAGUAAUGCGUAUGGUGCGCCACUCGAGGCUGUGUGGCCAAGCCAUCAUCUCGUACCUGACAAAGAAGGGCUACCCAGAAGUUGCGUUGCACUUUGUCAAUGACGAGAAAACUCGCUUCAAGCUGGCCAUUUCGUGCGGCAAUCUAGAGGUUGCACUGAAUUCGGCCUACGAGCUGGAUGACAGCAAGUGCUGGUACCAGCUGGGAGUGGAAGCUCUUCGCCAAGGUAACAUUCAGGUUGUGGAGAUGGCUUACCAGCGCACAAAGAAUUUCGAGCGCCUGAGUUUUCUCUAUCUGGUCACUGGCAACCGUGAUAAGUUAAAAAAGAUGCUGAAGAUCGCUGAAGUGCGCAACGAUAUCAUGGCGCGCUUUCACAAUGCGCUGUACCUUGGCGAUGUGGAGGUCCGCGUGAUGACGCUGGAGUCCGCUGGCCAGUUCGGUUUGGCGCUGCUGACAGCAGCCACUCACGGCCUCACUGAGCACGUUGAGCGAUUGCGUGGACUGCUGCAAGAAGCGAACCCGGACUUUGACACGGAUGCGUUUUUAGCGCGCGAGAUGCUACCGAACCCUACGCUCCUGUCUCCGCCUUUGUCCUUGAGCCGUCUAGAGAACGAGAACUGGGCUCUGGUGGAGAUCAACGAACCGACGAUUCAAGACCACGCAAUUGCCGCUGAAAAGCGGGAAGCUGAGCGCAGUCUGCAACCACAGCAACAGAGUCAGGGUCAUCGUUCGGCGGAGGAACGCCCUACUCGCAAGUCGUCGAUGGAUUUGGCGCUAGACGGCGCCGACGGUGCCGACGAAGCUUGGGAUAUGGAUGGUGACCUCGACCUGGACGACGCAGUAGAUGGUCAGUCGCUAGCCACGGAUGCCGCUGCUCUGGAAAACAGUUUUGCUGGUCCCAAUACAGACACAGGAUUUGUGGCGGCUCCUACUGUUGGCACAAGUCUUGCUGUGCAAUGGGUGCGCAACUCGUCGUUGGCGGCCGACCACGCUGCGGCUGGGUCAUUCCAGACUGCGAUGCAACUGUUGCACCGUCAGAUCGGCGUGAUUAACUUUGAGCCUCUGAAGGCCGUGUUCCUGCAGGUGUUUUCGGGUGGAUCGGCUUGCCUGCCUACGCAGGGCAACUGUCCGUCACUGCAGGCGUGGCUGCAGCGAAACGAUGCGAGCCAGUCUGCGGUCGUGGUCUCCUUCGCCGCCCUCGUCGAAGAACUGAAGCAAGCUUACCGUUCAUUCACGAGCGCCAAAUUCGACGAUGUCAAGGCACACUGCCAGUCGAUUUUGUACGCAAUUCCAUUCCUGUCUGUGGACUCGAAGGAAGAAGCUGACAAGAUCAAAGGCUUGCUAACGGUAUGCCGUGAGUACUUGAUUGCCUGUCGUGUCCGUGCUGAGGUCGCUGCGGUGCCACUGGAGAGUAACCCGAAGCGCAACAUUGAGCUGAGCGCGUACUUCACGCACUGCGAGCUACAGCUACCGCAUCUGGUGUUGACGUUGAAGAUUGCGAUGACCAGUGCGUUCAAGGCUGGCAAUUUCAUCUCGGCUGCAUCGUUCUGCCGACGGUUGCUCGAGAUCCCAGAGGUUGCACAGCACCCUCGUCACGAGAAGCUGCGUCUAACUGCUCGCAAAGUGCUUCAGAAAGCGGAAAAAGAGGCCCGCAACGAGCAUGCCGUGGACUACCAAGACUCGAAACCGUUUGUGCUGAACGCGCGCAGCCUCACGCCAAUCUACUUGGGCGAGCCCGAGGUGCGCUGCCCGUACUGCGCUGCGGUGUACGGCUUGGAGAGCAAGGGCACGCUCUGUGACGUGUGUGGCAUUUCGAAGAUUGGCGAGGAGACCAUUGGGCUCGUUGUCACUGCUGCCCAGUAA